AUGAACCAGCUUUGCUUGUUCAGCAGUGGACUAGAACUCGCAAAUCUUAUAGUAACCUCAGAUCUUCUCCAGCGUUCAUGGAAGGAAAUUUCGGAGAUUCUUAGACACGAUCAUAUUCAUACCAAUGGUUUAACUCCGCCUUCUGUUUCGUAUAAAGUGUACGAUAAUCGCCCAAAUGAAGCCGUAACUGUGUUUUCGUCUCUGUUAAAUGAGUUGACUCUUCUGAAAGCCCAGUAUUGCAAUUCCAAUCCACUAAUAAUCACUGGACACUCUCUCGGGGGAUCAAUCGCAUCUCUCUUCACCUUAUGGCUGCUUGACAGCAUGUCACCGAAUGCCAAACGCCCUCUUUGCAUCACUUUUGGGUCACCCCUUCUUGGUGACAAAAGUUUCCAGCAAGCCAUAUCGGAACGCCCAACAUGGAAUUUGAGUUUUUUGCAUGUGGUCUCAAAUCAAGACUUAUUUCCACAGCUUUUUAUUGCACCUUGUAAUAGUGUUGCUGAUGGCUUUACUUCCCAAACUCAUCUGUACAAGCCCUUUGGUAUAUUUCUCCUGUGUACAGAAUCAGGAUGUGUUUGUUUUGAGGAACCUGAAUCGACUUUGGAAUUAUUGAAGGCAAUGGGAUCAAAAUUUGUCGGAAACCAAAUUUCACAAAGCAGCCUUUGUUUUACAGAUUAUAGGGUGAUUUUAGAAAACCUCAAGCAUAGAUCAAUCUACAGGGGGAUUUCACAACUACAUGGCUCAAUUAUGGAUCCGUUACUAGCAGGAAUCACCAUGCAGCUAACGACAAUUGGAGUUGAAACACAGGGGGACGGCGGUGUAUUGAAUUCUCUUACAACCAAUACUGCAGCGAGGGCAAAGAAUUUCUUAAUGCGCAGGAGGAAUGUAUUUGAUCCCAACAAGAAGCUAAAUGAUAGAAAAGUCGACAUGGCAUAUCUUGAAUGGUAUAAGAAGGUAGCAGAGGAAGAGGGCGGGUACUAUGACAGUUACAAGAACAGACAAUCAGGAAGCAGAGAUGAAAUCAAAAGCAGAGAAGAAAUCAUCAAGCGUCAUAGAAUUCUUACGCAAUAUUGGAAGAGAAUGGUUGCUGAAGUAAAGAAAAUGCCGCAGAAAGAAGGAGCGUCAUUUCAGAAACGUUGGCUAUAUGCAGGAACUAAUUAUAGAAGAAUGGUUGAACCACUUGACAUAGCUGAUUACUACAAGAAAGGCCACAGGGACUAUAUAACUCAAGGAAGAUCCGAACAUUAUAUACUUUUGGAGCAAUGGUUUAACGAGGACAAGCUGUUGGGGAAUGCGAUUGAGAGGAAUAGAGCUUGUAGUCUUACUGAGAAUUCAUGCUUUUGGGCACAUGUGGAGGAAGCUGUUAUCUCUUGUGACUUACUGAAAGAUGGCCAAAGCAGUCCAGAAGAUCAAAGAUCCUCAAAGGAAAACCUGAUUAGAUUUGAGGGUUUUAUGAUCGAUCUGAUAAAGAACUAUGCAGUGUCCCCUGAGAUCUUCUUGCCACGAAGUACCUUUAUGAAAUGGUGGGAGAUGUAUUCUAAAAUUGCAAGAAGAUCAGUUGGUUCCCCAUUGACUGAUUUCAUGAAGAAGGAUUACCGCAAUUAUGCUUAG